CCAGCCCUCCUGUGUCUUCCAGGAAAGCUAUUGCCAAGUCCAGCCUCCAGCACAUGGUAGCCCAGCCAAACCCUGCGCUAGCCCUGAGGAGCGACACAGAGAGGCAGAUACGCAACACUGUGGACUGGAGCGAGACUGCAGUCUAUGGGGAGCACAUCUGGUUUGAGACCAAUGUCUCUGGGGACUUUUGCUACGUUGGAGAGCAAAACUGUAUGGCAAAGCUGCUGCAAAAACCUCUCUCCAGGCGUAAGUGUGCAGCCUGCAAGAUCGUAGUACACACCCCCUGCAUUGAACAGCUGGAGAAAAUAAAUUUCCGCUGCAAACCUUCCUUCAGGGAGUCAGGAUCCCGCAACGUACGGGAGCCCAUUGUUGUCCGGCAUCACUGGGUACACCGGAGGCGGCAGGAAGGGAAAUGCCGGCAGUGUGGCAAGGGUUUCCAGCAGAAGUUUGCCUUCCACAGUAAAGAGAUUGUAGCCAUCAGCUGUUCCUGGUGCAAACAAGCGUAUCACAGCAAAGUGUCAUGUUUCAUGCUGCAACACAUCGAAGAGCCCUGCUCGCUGGGGGCUCAUGCUGCUGUCGUCGUUCCUCCCACCUGGAUUCUGCGGGUCCGGCGGCCCCAGAAUCCCCUGAAAUCUAGUAAGAAAAAGAAGAGAACAUCAUUCAGGCGGAAAUCCAGCAAAAAGGGGGCAGAGGAAGGGAGGUGGAAACCCUUUGUCAUCAAGCCCAUGCCAGCUCCUCUCAUGAAGCCCUUGCUGGUGUUUGUGAACCCCAAGAGCGGUGGGAAUCAGGGAGCCAAGAUCAUCCAGUCCUUCAUGUGGUAUCUCAACCCGCGGCAAGUUUUUGACCUCAGCCAGGGUGGACCCAAGGAGGCGCUGGAGCUGUACCGCAAAGUCCACAACCUCCGGAUCCUGGCGUGUGGGGGAGAUGGCACGGUAGGCUGGAUACUCUCCAUUCUGGACCAGUUACGCCUCAACCCACCUCCUCCUGUGGCCAUCCUGCCUUUGGGAACAGGGAAUGACUUGGCCAGGACACUGAACUGGGGUGGGGGUUACACGGAUGAGCCACUGUCCAAAAUCCUGUCACACGUGGAAGAUGGGAACAUUGUGCAGCUCGAUCGCUGGAACCUACAUGUGGAGCCAAACCCUGACGCAAACCCUGAGGAAAAGGAUGAGGCAGCCGCUGACAAGCUCCCCUUGGAUGUCUUUAAUAACUACUUCAGCCUCGGCUUUGAUGCGCGAGUGACGCUGGAGUUCCACGAAUCCCGAGAGGCCAACCCAGAGAAGUUCAACAGCCGGUUUCGGAAUAAAAUGUUCUACGCUGGGACGGCGUUCUCUGACUUCCUCACUGGGAGCUCCAAAGACUUGGCAAAGCACGUCAAGCUUGUUUGUGAUGGGACAGACCUGACCUCCAAGAUCCAGGACCUGAAGCCCCAGUGCCUGGUCUUCCUGAACAUCCCCAGGUACUGUGCAGGCACCAUGCCCUGGGGCAACCCUGGGGAGCACCAUGACUUUGAGCCACAGCGCCAUGAUGAUGGCUGCAUUGAAGUUAUCGGCUUCACCAUGACAUCCCUGGCUGCCUUGCAGGUUGGUGGCCAUGGGGAGCGGCUGUGCCAGUGCCGGCAGGUGGUUCUCACCACAUCCAAGGCCAUCCCCAUGCAGGUGGAUGGAGAGCCCUGCAAGCUGGCGGCUUCUUGCAUCCACAUCUCCCUGCGCAACCAAGCUAACAUGGUGCAGAAGACCAAGCGGCGCAACUCCAUGCCUCUGCUCAAUGACCAGCAGCCAGUGCCGGAGCGGCUUCGGAUCCGGGUGAGCCGAAUCGGCAUGCGUGACUACGAGGCACUGCACUAUGACAAGGAAAAGCUCAAGGAAGCCUCUGUGCCGCUGGGCAUCAUCGUGGUUCCAGGAGACAGUGACCUGGAGUUGUGCCGAACCCAAAUCGAGAAGCUGCAAGAGGAGGGAGAUGGAGCCAAACCCAAGACACUGUCAUCCCACAAGCUGUCACCCAAGUGGUGCUUCCUGGACUCAACCACUGCCGAUCGGUUCUACAGGAUAGACCGUGCACAGGAGCACCUCAACUAUGUGACAGAGAUCUCUCAGGACGAGCUCUAUGUGCUGGACCCAGAGCUAGUGAUUACCCAGACUGUGGGCACCUCUCCUGCCAUGCCUGACCUCGUCGACUCAUCUGCUACACCCACUGGGCACCAUUUUGCAUUCCCCUCCUCUUCCUCCUCUCCACCCUCCUCUCCUGCCCCCAGCACUGAGCCUGAGCACUGCCUCCCACACAAAGACGACCUUCUGAUAGACGCUGCCAAAAGCGGCAACUUCAGCAAGUUCCAAGAGCUGCACCGGACUGGAAGAGACCUGAUGGUGCGAGACUCCUCGGGCCAGACCGUCCUGCACCAUGCUGUCAAAUCAGGGAGCAAGGACAUCGUCAAAUACAUCAUUGACAACGCCCCUUCAGAAAUCCUCGAUGCCACAGAGGAGGAGAACGGCGAAACCAGCUUGCACCAGGCUGCAGCCUUACGCCAGCGCACUAUCUGCCACUACAUCGUGGAGGCCGGGGCUUCGCUCAUGAAGACGGACCUGCAGGGAGACACCCCCAAGCACCGGGCUGAGAAAGCCAACGACCCUGACUUAGCUGCCUACCUCGAGAACCGACAGCACUACCAGAUGAUCCAGAGGGAGGACCAGGAGACAGCUGUGUAGUGCUUGGCGUGCCUUAGCUCAAGCCAGCUCAGGCAGGACGAGAAGAGGACAAUGCCAACUGGCAGAGCUGUGAGUCUGGCACAGCCCUCCCUAGAUGUCAACCUGGUCCCCAGAGGAGAUGGAGACAGCAAAGCUCUGCCCCAGCCCAGGCCGGGACUUUGUUUAUGAGGACAGUGGGUAUUUGGGACUUGAAGACUGGCUCUUUGUGUGUAUCCCCCUUCACCCCUCAUCCACCACAUUCCCAGC